GUCAGUCAUGCUCACGAAUCUGUUAUGUAUUGAAGAGUCCUUGGAUGGGUGACCGUGUUUGGCAGCUCGACUCUAGUUUCGAGGACUUAAGUCCUGCCCCACAACGAAGCACAUGGUCUCACCUUAGGCAGACAAACAUGGCGAAUCUUGUCUCAGUGGCUGCGAUCAAAGAUCUUCUGACAGAGUGUCCAUUAUGCACAGAACACUUUGAUGACACAAUACGAAUUCCUCGUCGUAUGCCAUGCUGUGUCCAGUCCAUAUGUCAGCCCUGUCUGGAAGUCUACAGUGGAGGCAACAAAGCCAUAUCCUGCCCCAUAUGUCGACACCAACAUAAUCUGCCUGGUGGAGUGAAAUCCCUACCCAAAGAGACGGUCAUCCUGAAGACUCUGGACUACCUCAAGAUCCAGAAAGGUCUUCAUCUUCCAUGUACAGACUGUCCUGACAAGGAAACAGCUCAAGCCCAGUGUGACAACUGUGGGGUAUUUCUCUGUUCUACCUGUCUGAAUGCCCACAGGAGGAAUGUAACAACAAAGACACACACAAUAGUUACCUUUGAUGAGAUGAAGGGGCGACCUGUGCAGAGUUUCCGUCGUCGACAUCAGUGUAGUCAACACCAGCUGCCUCUACAGUUCUACUGCCACACUUGUACCAAGGUCGUCUGUGUUUCAUGCACUGUAGUAGGUCACGAUAAAGGGAAGGGACAUAAUGUUGUGUCUGUGGAUGAGGCACACCAAGAACUGUCAAAAUCCUUAGAAGACGUUUUUGUGAAGAUGUAUGUGAAGUCAGAGACACUGAGAAAAACAGAAGCAGAAUUGAUUCAGAAGCUAGAGAACAUCCAAAUGUCCAAGAGGGUUGCCAUAGAUGAUAUCAACAAAACUUUUGACGAUCUAGCCAGUGAGCUGAAGCAACGGAGGUCAGUCCUCUUGUCAGAUGUUGAACAUAAAUCUGCUCAUAAUCUUCACCUGACAGAGGAGACCCUGGAGUUAACAAGAGUUUUGCAGGCAAGAGUAAAAUCUUCCACUGAAUACACAAAACUAAUGAGAAGUAAAGCUGAUAGGAUAGAUGAUCUUCAAGUGAUGGGGUCUUCAGCUGCCUCUUUGAGAGCCAUGUUGGACGAGACGCCACAAGAGGUAUCCUUUGUCAUGACUGGUGUGAACUUUGUGGAGGCAAACAUACAUCAUCUUCGUGAUAGUAUCGAGGCAGCUGGAAUGGUCAGGUCAGUCACGUUCUCCCCAACAGAGAGGCCGAAAUAUGUGCCAGAUUCUAAAGCAUACAAUGCCAUCGUACUGGAACCAGCAGAGUUACCUACAGGAUGUCGGAUACAAGAACUCAGAUCAGUACUGGCGUCCAGACCUCUGAUGGUCCGAAACAGCCCCGGUCAACAGUGCAUCUAUCAAGUAAAUCUUGGGUUCUCUGUGAAAGGAAAUAUACCAGACAACGGUACGAUGCUGGAGACUGCUCUGACCCCCACCCCUGUAGAUGCUUCCAUCAAUCAACGCACUGGACUGAGUGUACGUGUUGGUGCAUGCCGCAACCACAAGCAGCAGCUGUGUCUCCGGGUUGCCUAUAAUAACACCGUCCUCAGCGACACCCCACUCACCCAGAACAGAGUUGGUCAGUCUUAUGACCUACGACUGUGUUUUGUACUGAAUGGAGCUAACAACAAACUGUCAGUUAUCAAUGCUGCUGAUAACACAGUGUUCAUCACUGUUACAGAUGUAGAUUUUGAUAGACCCAUGUUGGUCAUGAUGUAUGUUGGUCUGCCCGACUAUGCACAUGUAACAGGAGAACUGAUAUCAGGCCACAGCGUUACAGGAUCCUUCAAAGACUACAAUCGGUAGAAAAGUCUUCAUCAUCAGCAUGACACUCUGUAUGUACAAUACCGACACCAAUGUCUGAACCCAGGCAACACGUUGAUUGUCUGAAGGUCUCGGGUAUAUGGCACAAGAAUGUAAUAUGCAGCAGAUGCUGGUAUUUGCAGUUUUGAUUAAUGUUUGGCUAUUAGUGUUAAUUACAAAGUCUUUCGCAAAGAACAAAUCGAAAUAUGAACUGCAACACUUGUCACGAAUAUCUAACUAUGAUUCUGUAUACGUUAAAAGUCACGGCGUGUGUUAUUUGGAUCAGAAUUUAUCUUAAUUACUGCUAAAUCUGUUUUCAUGGAGUAUAAAUUUUGGCAUUCCUUGUAGAUUUGAGUUUGUAAGUAGCGGAACCAUUUGUAGUGAUUUUUUUCCAAUUUAUGAAUUAUUAAUAUGUUUAUGAAAUGUAAAAUAUUCUUAUAGCUACCAGAUUUUUAUUUGUAAGGAAUGUGAUAUUUUGUCAUGUUUAUGAUGUAUAUAAGACUGAAGUAAUGUGUGAUGUUUUCGCUUGGUAUCGCAGCACUGAGCGCUUCCCCUCAUUAUAAGUGUGUUGAUGAUUUACCAACACAGUGUUAGUAGUCACAUUUCCUUACAUAUUGAAUAUAAAUAUUUUAUAAGAAUUGAUUUGAAAAUUCAAAGGAAUGUAUGUAACAAAGAGAAACCCUCUUUUGUCCCUGUCGUGAUUUCUAGAAUUGUUAUAUUCUAUCCAUGCCUGCGUGUAACCUGUCUAAUUAGACAUCAAUUACCC